AUUUCGAGAAACUUCCAACAGCUGACUAAUUACCCGGCGAAACCGCUUGGUAACCCUACGGACUUGCGGAGACGUUGACGCUCGUCAGAUUUGAUAUCCAGAAAAGAGUAAAACAGGUAACACCAAUAAACUUGGAACAGACAACAUGUCUUAUGAAGUAGUUGUUAUAAAAGAAGGCUAUAACAAACCAAAGGAUACAGGUCAACAAAGGGCAAGUGCCAUAAGUCUAAUCAAGGGUCCAAAAAAUAUUAUUGUGGAUACUGGAAACCCCUGGGAUAAAGACUUCAUAUUGGAUGGUCUUAAAAAGAAUGGACUUUCUCCUGAAAAGAUUAACUAUUGUGUGUGCACCCAUGGCCAUUCUGACCGCGUUGGGAAUCUGAGCAUUUUCUCCAAUGCUGUACACAUUCUAUCUUAUGAUGUCUGUGUUGGGGACCAGUACCACAUGCAUGAUUUCAAAACGGGAAUUCCUUACGAGAUAGAUGACGAUGUGGAAGUGGUCCCCACCCCUGGGCACACAGGGUCGGAUGUCUCAGUCAUUGUCAGCAACACAGGACUAGGUACUGUUGCAGUGACAGGUAAUUUAUUUGAAUGUUUCGAGGAUUUAGAGGAACCCAGUCUUUGGCAGGAUGUAAGUGAAAACCCAGAACUUCAGCAAGAGGGUAGAAUAAAAGUUCUUGAAAAAGCUGACUACAUUGUUCCUGCACAUGGAAAAAUGUUCAAAGUCCCUGAUGAAUACAAGAAAUCUAUGAGGGUGGUCAUGUAUGAGGAGGAAAUUAACCAAUCGGGAGAUAAAACAACAGUCAGUGAAUAUGUGGUGAUAGAGGGUGAUGAUGAAUAAACCAUUCUGGGAGAUCUCUAGUGUUUGAGGAAAUUUCUCAAAAAAGAAAAAAAAAAUAAGUAGAAAACCUGAAAGAUUUUCAAAACCUUUCUGAUGUUGGUUGCAAAACCCUAAAUACAAAAGUGCCAUAAAUUGCAUAAUGAUGAAAAUACAAUUAUAACCAUGAUUGAAAUACUCUAAUAUUAUGUAGUUAUUCCUGUAUUUCGGCUUUAACAGAUAUCUAAUAUAUAUUUUAUGAAGUUUUGGUAUUGAGACAUUUUCAGAAUUGUUUGUAUUUUGCUCCAUUUAAUACAGUGUAUAUGUUAAGAGGUACGUUUAACCGGUUUUCUUGAAAGUAUUACAUUCCUGCAUAGAAUUGUUCAGGGUUCCUUAUCGAAAAGGAUACAAGUCUAUUGGACUGUUGCUGAAGGACCAGUCUCAACACAUUGUGAUACACAUUGUUUUCAUCUUUACAUCAUUACAGAUGGAUAUGACACUGUACAUUACCUGCUUUUGACAGAGAUCAAGUUACAACAAGUAUCAUUUGGUCAUAUUUUCUAAUUUCAAAAUCCAUGAAAUUUUGUAGGGAAAGACAUUAUGUUCACUUUUUUUAUGUUCUGUAAGGAUGUCUCCUUGGUUCUUUCUUCCCAUCUUUCAUCAAAGAGCUAAAUUAUUAUACGUAUGUUGUUCAGACAGUGUAAUGUGAAACAACAAUUCUAAGUUAACGUAAGUGUAGAGUUGCUUCUAUAAGAGUGAGAUGGAGUUUUGUGGAAUUAUGUUAAGUUUCUAUAUUUGUAAAAAUUAAGAAUCUUUCAGUCUCAUUUAAAAUGGUCAUUUUUGAUGUAUGAUGGGGAGGACCUAGUAUCAUUUAGUUGAAUAAAUAAAUUUCAUUGA